UGCCCUAAACUACCGUCAUCAGCCCCUAUGUUUUAAUAUAUUUAUUCCCUCUCCUUUAUAGAAUAACACUAAUAUAAAACCUUAUCAACCCUUCAAAAGUAAUAAAAUUCUCUUUUCUCUCUCUGGCUGAUAAUCAAAAUUCACCAUGAAGAAGCUCUACGGGAGAGGUACAGUUCAUCCAUCGCCUCCGAUCACCACCGAUCAUCUGUCCUUCCUUCCGGCCGCCAUCUUAACCCUUGCGGCUGCUCUUUCAGCAGAAGAGAGGGAGGUCUUGGCUUAUCUCAUCUCUUGUUCCAACAACGAUUUUGGCAACUUUUCAAGCCAUGGAAAAAGCACCCAGAAAUAUCCGGCUACAAGAAACAUCAGCUUCAGCAGCGGCAGCGAUCAUGACCAUCCACCUAUUUUUACUUGUGACUGUUUCAGGUGCUACAUGAGUUACUGGGUCAGGUGGGAUUCGUCGCCGAACCGGCAGCUGAUACACGAGAUUAUUGAUGCUUUUGAAGAUGGGUUAGCUCAAAGCCAGAAGACAAAGAGCAAGAAAGACAUGAACAAGAAAAACGGCGGUACUAAUGGGUCAGGUGGUUUAAAACGAGCCGAUUUGAGCUUUAGAAAGGAUGAGUCGAAUGAUUUGAAAUCAGUGGAAGCGAGUAGCAGUAGCAGCAGUUGUGGUGGUGAAGUUUGUGGGGAUGAUGGUGAAGAAGAGGGAACAGAGAAGGGGACGGUAAGGAGGUUCGUGAACUUCAUUGGAGAGAGGAUUUGGAAUGUUUGGGGGCAGUGAAUUUAGAGGAGAAUCCAAGAAAAAAGGUGGGUUUUAAUUCCAGCCUAUAUUUCUUUCUAUAAGAGAAAGAAAACGAAUUUUCUUUAAUUAGUUUUGCUUCCUUUUUUGGUAUAUUACGCCCUGUUUCAAUGUAAAAUUGGGUAGUUUAAUCUUGAAAUCAAUCAUGUUUUUGUUGUUGUUGAAGCAACCUUUUGGUAAGAAAGAUUUUCUUGUUGCCCACCAUUUUCUUCAAGAUUAAGCUAUGAGUUCAAUACAUUUACCAUCAUUAGAUUU